AUGUCGCUUCUUCUCCCGGGGAUACGCAGGGCGACGGCCAGGCUAACGCCUAGUCAGUUCGUCUGCCGCCAAUGCCUCCGCCAGCAGCCUCGCGCAGCUGCUUCGUCGCGGAUCUUCCGGGCUCUACAGGUGCGACAGGCCAGUACCGGUGCUGGUGGCGAGUCGAAAGCUCGGUUUGCUCGGUAUUUCACGUCUGCAGCUGUCUCGACUGAAGCGGCGCCAGUUACGAAGAGGGUGUUCCCUGAGACGAGCUCUAAGGGUGUGGCGUAUUGGCUGAUUGGGAGUGCUGCAAGCGUCUUUGGUAUCGUGGUGUUUGGUGGGCUUACACGGUUAACGGAGUCUGGGCUUAGCAUAACAGAAUGGAAGCCCGUAACUGGGUCACGGCCGCCCAUCACCGAGGCCGAUUGGGAGGCCGAAUUCGAGAAGUAUCGAGCGUCACCCGAGUUCCACAUGCUGAAUUCGCAAAUGGACCUCAAUGAGUUCAAGAAAAUCUACUUCAUGGAGUGGACGCAUCGGCUAUGGGGACGUGUCAUCGGUUUAACAUUUGCGGUGCCGACCGUGUAUCUGAUUGCCCGUCGUCGUGUAUCCGCCCGCGUCGCCGCACACCUCGUCGGUAUCUCUGCGCUUAUCGGUUUCCAGGGGUUUAUAGGGUGGUGGAUGGUGAAGUCCGGGCUUAAAGACGAUUUGUUCGCACCGGGAUCGCAUCCCCGUGUUUCGCAGUACCGACUUGCUACGCAUUUAGCUACGGCUUUCGUCUGUUACUCCUGGAUGCUGCUCACAGGCCUAAGCAUCCUACGCACCCGCCGUCUCCUUGCCGACCCCGCCGCCGCUAGCAAAGUCAUCUCCGCCUUGAAGAACCCUGGCAUCGCCCCCUUCCGACGCUACGUAUCAGCCCUUACUGUACUAGUUUUUACGACCGUGCUCUCGGGGGCCCUGGUCGCUGGCCUUGACGCUGGACUUAUCUACAACGAGUUCCCCAUGAUGGGCCUAGGCCUAACCCCGCCAAAGUCUGAGCUCUGGGAUAAGUUCUACUCGCGAAAGGAAGACAACUCCGAUUUAUGGUGGCGCAACAUAUUAGAGAACCCUAGUCUAGUACAGCUAGACCACCGGAUCCUCGCCACAACUACCUUCUGUGCUGUUCUCGCACUAUUUGCGUACUCGCGGUCUGGCCGACUUGCCACCGUCCUACCUAAGAAUGUGAAGAAUGGCACGACGGGUAUUGUGCAUCUCGUAUGUUUACAGGUCGCUCUUGGUAUUAGCACGCUUAUCUACAUGGUUCCUAUUUCGCUUGCCGCCGCGCAUCAAGCGGGAAGUCUAGCGUUAUUAACCGGAGUUCUCGUCCUUGGUCAUCGUCUACGAGUACCAAAAGCGACAAUCGCGCAGGUUCAGAAGAGGUUAACGUCGGCAACUCAGCCGCGGUAA